AUGCCCAUAAUUGCACCCGUCGCAAAUAAUGGUGGCCCUCGUCGCUCUCUAACCUGGUUCGUCGGUGGAGGUGCCCCCAUCAGCGCAGCACCCUGGAGUAGUGGGGUAGCGGAAGAACCCACGCCCGUCGUGUGGCCUCGCCGAGCUGGCGCGGGCCACCAUUAUUUGCGACGCCUGCGAACGUGGGUUCCCCGAAUCCUGCGUCCACGUCUUUGGUCCACUUAUGCGCCAGCCUCCACCACCACCGCUGCCCAGCCGUGUGCGGGUGCGGCGGCCUCCGGUAGCGGUGACCAAGGACUGGAUGGGCAAGAGGGGUCAAAUUUUGUUCAAAAUUGUGAUGCAGGUAGUAUGGGUGAUGAAAUUGUGUCAAAAUCAAAGGAGCCAACCCCUGAUACUGAUACUACUUCCUGUGAGGAAGCGUCAUCUUCAACAGCAGUCAAGCCAACAAGAUUGCUAGCUGUUAACGGUGGCUUGGUUCCGGAGUCAUCACUGAGGCCUGUUACAGGAAGAAACUCUCAUAUCCUGAAGCAGCAAAAGAUCAAUUUGCUUGAUAUAGAUGCAGCGUUGCCUGAGGAAGCUUUGAGAGCCUCAAAGUCUCAACAAAUAAGAAGGCAUUCACGGCGUGCUUUUGUGAAGCGUGCAGAAUCAAUAUCCGAGAUGGUAGUAGCGACCAGUGUCUUGGAGAGUAUGAUAAAAUCUGAGUUCCUUAAGAAUGAUUGUUGGUACUGGUCCUCCUUCACAGUAGCCAUGAAGACCUCAACUGUAUCCAUGCUCGCUCUCAGGAUCUACACUCUCGACGACUGUAUCAUGUACACCAAGGAGCCUAACAUCGUGCUGGCGACAAAGGUUUUAAACAAGGGGAGGACGAGGAUAGAACCAGAACCAUCGGUGUCAUAA